AUGAGAAGGGACUACACCCAAGCGCUACCGCCUCAGCCCGCCCGUCUCUCCCUCUCUCUCUCUCUUUCUUCCCCUCUCUUCCCACAGGAGAGAAAAAACACACUAAAGCCGCCGCAGACAGACGGAACCUCAGUCCGGCACUCGACUUUGGUGGUUCGGCUGAGCCUCUAAACCUCGCUCGGAGCCUCGCGUCGUGAACAAAACAACCAAAUCCCGCACAGAAGAACCAUGUCUUGGCAGAGCUACGUGGAUAACCUGAUGGCCGAUGGCAGCUGCCAGGAUUCCGCCAUCGUCGGUUACACAGACGCCAAAUACGUGUGGGCAUCGUCGGAGGGUGGCACUUUCAGCGGCAUAACGGCUGACGAAAUCGAUGUCAUAGUCGGUAAAGACCGUGAGGCCUUCUUCACCAACGGGCUGACCCUAGGGAAAAAGAAAUGCUCUGUGAUCAGAGACAGCCUGCAGAUCGAUGGGGACUGGACUAUGGACAUCAGGACGAAGAGUCAAGGAGGGGAGCCAACAUACAAUGUUUCCGUAGGCAGAGCUGGCAAAGUCUUGGUUCUUGUAAUGGGCAAAGAAGGGGUCCAUGGAGGCGGAUUGAAUAAGAAGGCAUACUCAAUGGCAAAGUACUUGAGGGAUUCAGGGUUCUAAUGUAAUUAAAAGCUUGUUUAGUUUCAAUUUGAGGGACAGAAAGAAGAGAGGUUUGCUGUUAAGCUUUCUCCUUCAAGCAGUUUAAUGUCUUGGAAAAAUUUAAUAGCAAUCGAGAGAAGAAUGGUGGUAAGAUCUUAUAAUUGUCCCCUGUCUUACUGGGGGAUAAAGACUUUUUCUUUCUUUCUUUUCAAAUUUUGUUCAUUUGUCGUCUUUUUUUUUUCUCACCUCCCCAACCCUCUCCCCUGCCCCUUUUUAUGUACUCCAGUAUUGGUUUUAGUCAUGGGAAAGGAAGGUACCCACGGAGGACAGCUCAACAAGAAAGCAUUUAGCAUGGCUGAGUACCUGAGGAAAGUUGGAUACUGAAGCAGCCCUUAACCCAUCCAUCCACACACAGCAGCUCACUGUAACACACCCCACCACCCUUUUCCCAUUGGUUAUUUUUCUUUUUGUCACCUCGACAGCACUUCCAGAUACAGUUAGUGGAUGCAUCGUUGUCUGUCCCGUCCCACCCUCCCCACUAUUCCUGAUUCUAAUUCAUGCUUUGUGUUAAUUUCGUUCUUUAUUUUUUUUAUUAACCCUAUUUCCUGUUCACUACACCCAUCCCCCUCCCUUUUGUUGUGUUUAUUCAGCAUAUAUUACCUGUCCCUUGUAGUGCCACAGCAACACAAGCAUGUUCAUUUUUUAUGAAGGCUAAAAAACACAGUACUGUACGUCAACGUUGAAGCCAGAGCAUCGGUUAAAUAUGAAAUUUAAAAAAUUAAUCGGCCGCGUUGGCUCGGUUUAACACCGAAUAAUGAAGUCACUCACUGUCCAGUUUUCCUGAGGCACCAAGUGGUCCAUCCUCUAAGAUCGAUGCCUCUUCAAGUGCUUUGAGCCUUGCUGAGCUGUUUUUGUCUUCCUAGUGUACACAGCAUGCCCAGGAAAGAAAGGGGGAGAAAAAAGUGCAUGCAUAUCUUUUUUAGCGUAAAUAUCAUCAUCGUUAUAAUCGAAAUCCCCUGCGCCAGACUCCGGCAACUAGAAAGAACACUAUUAACAGGAACCCUCACACUACCCACGUAACACUUUCCACAUUUAUUAUUUUUAUUAUUUUUUUUCUUUGUCUGCACAGAAUCGUUCAAAUUUGUUCAGAAUUGUUCAGAAUUCCGAAAUUGAAUCGCUGGCUUCACAUUAUUAUUUACUAUAUAAUAACACUACCCUUUUUAAUCCCUCCCACAACCUAACCACUUUACCGGUUUAUUAUUAUUAUUAUUAUUAUUAUUAUUAUUAUUAUUUUUUUAAUUCCCUACAUCAAGAUGCUUUUGCUGUUGUACUUGGAUGUGGUCUUGUAAGUCCUUGGUGUAAUGUUGGAUUUAUUUUCUUUUCCUCUCUUCGAGUGUGAUGGCAGAUCAGCAUUUGCAAUUUCUGGGUUAAAAAAAAAGGAAAAAAAAAAAAGCGAAACCAUGAAAUCACUCCUCCGGAGUAUUUACAUCCUGGACUUUGUGCAAGGACAUUCCACCGCUACUAUAGCUCAGCCACUUAAACUGUUUGCCAGCUCUAUUUUUUUUUUUCUUCUUUUUUUUUUUAAGCACUGCCCUCCCAUUGUAACUACUAUCUGGUUAUGUCCUUUUAUUUCCUCUGAUAGGACCAAUGUUAUGUUUUUGGUUUUUGUUUGUUUUAUUUUUCUUUUGCAUCCUGGGGGAUUAACAGAACUGCUACCAAUUUAUUGAAGGAUGACUGCUAGAUAUUCAUCUGUUGCUGACUUUAGAACACUAAAAAUUCAACACUUCAGACACACAAUGUUACACUAACCUUGUGAUUUAUACACUCUUGUUAAUGGCAUAAAUGAUACAUGUCUUGGGGGAGGGAAGCAAAGAUCUAAUGGUAAACUACCUGAAUUUUUUUUUUUUUUUUUUUUUUUAGUUAUUUUUUUUUUUCUCAUGAAUGUCUUGAAAUAGAUGAAAUGGCAGUCUUAUUGUUAAUGUUUUUGGUCACUACAAAAAUUUCCUUAACACCCUUUUGACUCUGUUAAUCCGUAACGUUUAUUUCAGGAACCAAAGUCAUUUGGAAUUCAUUACCUUGUGCUUUAUUCGACUGCGAUGUAUCAACUGUCCAUAGCACGGUACAAAUACUACUUCAUUAAAUAGGCGAAGAGAAAAAGACACUGAAGUUUAAAAAAAAAAAAAAAAAACCUGUAUACACUAAAUUUUUCUGGGUUAUGGUGGUAAUAGUUGGAAAAAGACCACUAGUCAGUUGUAUUGUGGAAACUUAAUCAAAAAAGGAAAAAAAAAGCUGUGUAUCCUGUGCCAUAAUGUAGAUCUGAUCUGUUGCUACUGUGAGAUGGAUUUUAAACUGCUGCCUUGUAAGGAGUCAAUUCUUGAAUGGCACCUUCUUUGGGAUAUUUGGCGUAAAUUCAAACUCUCCAGGGCUUGUGGAAUAUGUACAGAUUAAAGUUAAACAUGUCAACGAAAUCAUGUUCAUUUCGCUCCCUUCUUUCAUACUCCUGACUCUAUUUGACCAGCCGAUAUAUACGACUCAAAAAUUUGCGUGGAAAAAUGCCAUGAAUUAACCACCUUGUUUACAGACAGAUCAAAUAAAUCUAUUCCAACCAGAAAUAAA